ACUCUCAGAACUUUAUCGACCUCCGGCAAGGUGAGUGCUACGGGUGCCACUCGAAUAUUCGACGAAAUUCAGCGGACGGAGCCUGUGACACGUGUGCAAGUUCCCGUUUUCGAGGCUCCGCACAUCCCGAAACUCUAAGGAGGCGCAAGCGCUAUUCGGCUCUUAUCUGGCGAAAGAGAGGCGCGGCUAUAACCAUGGAUCCCAGUGUACUCGCCAACAUGGACAAGGACGCGUUGAAGAAGCAGAUCGAGAACAUGAAGUAUCAGGUCAGCAUGGAACGAUGGCCCCUGUCAAGAAGUAUCGCCGCGAUGAGGGAGUACGUCGAAGAGAACGAGAAGACUGACCCGCUGCUACACGCGCCCGACAAGAAGAACAAUCCCUGGGCCGAGAAAGGCAAAUGCAUAAUUAUGUAAUCAGGACGAAGAGGAACGGGGAGCGUGGGAACGGAAGGGGGAAAGGACGGAGGAGGGAAGCGAGAACAUCCGAGGAAGAAGGGGCGGAUCGUUGAGCCGUGUUCGAAGACAACGGGGAAACAGGAAGAGAAGGAGAAGGAAGGAAGAAGCCGCGUGAAAUAGAAGACAGAACGAUGAGGAGGACGAGGACACCGUCGGGAUCGGGGAUACGGUAUCGGAGGGGCCUCGCCGACGACGAGCACGAGCCGAUCGACGACAGACAAGCGGCUCCUGGGAUCGCAGGGGACCCGAUCGAACGGGGACCGCUGCUCGAGACCGAGGGGGCUCGAUGCUCGGCCGGCUGGGCCGAAUCGUUCGGCAAUCUGAUCGUCCUGGUCAUCAGAACUAUCCUGUUGCGCGUGCAGACCGCGAACGAGCAGACUCUCGAGACUUUGCUGCGAGCCCUCAGACCGAGCUGAGACGCGAAAUAAUCACCGCGUUUGCGAUAUCAAUCGGUUAAACUUUCGCGUCGCGCGUUUCCACCGCGUUCCUUCUCCCGCUCCCGAGAGAGAGAGAGAGAGAGAGAGAGAGAGAGAGAGAGAGAGAAGAGAUAGAGAGAAAGAGAGAGUCGGUGAUCCUUUUGUCGCAGCGUGUCUCCGAGAUCUCUCAGCCGGGAACAAGAAAAAUCGGCGGCGUGCUGGAAAAAUCGCGCCGUGAUCGGAACGCCGCCGAUCGAGACUAUUAUUAUAUACACUAACGAAUAUCUUCUACAGAGACACACAGGCCGACGCGUUCCCGUAAAAAAAAAACACGAAACCGCGAAACGGACGGCGACAAUCAUGCUCCGGUCGUAGCUCCGCCUCGUCGUUGUUCCGACAUUGUUGAGAUAAACCGAUGUUACGCGUCGAACGCCGCGUUGCGAUUUCUUAUCCGCUAUUUAUGGAAAUCUCUUUGAAUCGUUCAUUACGUCGUAAACAAUAAUUUUAUCUUAAGUAAUCUAACGUCACUAUGUGUACACGCAUACACGCGUCCACGGACACACGUACACAUGUAUACACGCUCGGACUGACACACACGCAACACACCACACUUACCCAUGCCGAUACACACACACACACGUACACAUACUUUACUUCAUACGAACGGACGAUUAAUACGCUGUGCAUAUUUAUGCGAAUUUCUUACGGAAAUAUAAUAUAUUCAUAUCAUUUCAACACGUA